UGAUGCCGAGGUGGUCUGCAAACAGUUAGGUUGUGGUCGACAAUCAGCUGUUCAUGCAUCCGCCUACUUUGGUGAAGGCACAGGAGAAAUCUGGCUGAAUAAUGUGGGCUGUUCAGGAAAUGAAGCUUCUCUUUCUCAGUGUUCACACAGUGGAUUUGGCUCAAACAACUGCAAUCAUAGUGAGGAUGUGGGUGUCACUUGUUUGUUUCAUCAAAUCGAUCCAUUUCAGUCAUGCAGUGGACAUGUUAGAAUUUACCAUGAUCGGGGAUGGAGAUUUGUCAGCUCUAAUGGCUUUAACAUGAAUGCUGCAAAUGUGGUCUGCAGACAGAGGGGCUGUGGUCCAGCAUCAUCGACCAGUUAUCAUCCCUAUAGCUCCGACUUGCUGGAUGGUGUGAGCUGUUCAGGAAGUGAAGUUUCUCUAAACGAAUGUCAGCACAGCAAUCCUUGGACAUACCACUCUGGAAAUUAUGUUCAUGUUGCUUGUUCAGCAGGUUAUCCAGUCCGAUUAAUUGGGCCAUCUCGGUGUGCUGGUCGUGUUGAAAUCUACCAUAGUGGAUGGCAAACUGUAUGUGAUGACGGCUGGGACUUGAAUGAUGCUCAGGUGGUCUGCAGACAGAUGGGUUGUGGUACAGCACUGGCUGCCACUCAUUCAGCCUACUUUGGAAAAGGGACAGAUAACAUCUUCCUUGAUGAUGUGGCCUGUACGGGGAGUGAAACACAUCUGACUGAUUGUUCGCACAGAGGAAUUUGGGUACAAAACUGCACCCAUGAUCAGGAUGCUGGUGUGAUCUGCUCAGCUGGCCUGAUCCGAUUAGUUGGACCAAGUAGAUGUUCUGGACGAGUUGAAAUCUACAACAAUGGAUCUUGGGGAACUAUCUGCAAUAACAGCUGGAACAUAAACGAGGCUAGAGUGGUCUGUAGACAGCUGGGAUGCGGCACUUCACUGAGUAUCCAUCACUUUGGAGAGGGAUUUGGACAAAUCAAUGAAGUGACCUGCACAGGGAGCGAAAGGCAUCUGUCUGAGUGUUCACACAGUGGAUUUGGAGCUCAGCACUGUAAUCAUAGUCAGGAUGCUGGUGUCAUCUGUUCUGUGAACUACCCAAAGCCCAACAUCACCAUUGAGCCCACGGGUGUGGUUAUGUGGGGUGAGGAUGUCAACAUUACUUGUUGGUUCACUGUGGACAUAGGAGGAGGAUCAUUCAUCUUCACAAAGUCAUCAGGUCCUUUCAGCCAAACUGUGCACUCAAGCAGUAGCUCAGCUACUUUACAUAUUCAACGAGUCAGCUUUGAGGAUGAGGGAGUC